CAGGGCUUCAACCAUCAUUUGCAACGGCCGUACGCCCGCCAUCCGAUUCGCCGAUUCACCGACUGUGAGCUGCAAAACCCCCGGCGAUGAACGGAGGCGAGGAUGGAGUGGCGGUGCUUUGGAGCGAACGGCUCACCGCCGUCAACAAGCAGAUGGAGGGCAUCCUGAUGGAACUCCACAGGCAACUCUGUGUGGACCAUCAGCUGGCCAUCCAGGAUUUGCGCCAGAAGGGCCAGAUGUCCCUCUUGAAGAGUGCCAGCUUCGGGUCAGGUGCCAAGAGCAAGUCCAAGCCUGGGACUGUGCGUAUCAGCCACAGUAUGAGCCGCGGUGCCAGCAAGGAGAGGCUCGACACGGAGGAGGAAGUGCCGGAGAAGCCCCCAAGCCUCUUCUCCCAGCGAUCCACCAUGCAGAUCGGACAGAACCUCAUUGACGUGUGGCCAGCCUGGAAGGAGCAGCGCACGGAUGGCACGGACCUGGUGCGGGACAUGGCCCGGGAGAAGACGCUCCACGAGAAGAACGCGCAGACCUCGCCGGAGUCCUCGAUCCCAAUGUUCGUGCGCAUGCAAACGGUGAACUUCACCACGAUCCCAUCCGGCUCCUGGGCCAUCAGGCCAUCCAGCAUGCAGUUCCUCCUUUGGAACCUGCUCUUUCUCAUCGUGCUCUUCUAUGACUGCGUGAGCUUCCCACUGUCGGCCUUCAAAAUCGAGCAUCUGUUCUUGACGCCCAACAUGGUGGCAGCUGCUUUCUGGACGUCUGACUUUGUGGUGUCCUUCUUUGUGGGGUACGACACCUCUGACGGCACAUGUGAGGUCCGGCUUCACAAGACGGCGGCCCGCUAUGCCCGGACGUGGAUGAUACCGGACCUCGUCGUCAUUGUCGUUGACUGGGUCAUGUUGUACCUGGCCCUCGUGGAAGCAGACUCUGGAGCCAAUCCGGCAGGCUUUGCCCGGAUCGGCAAGUCAGUGCGCUAUAUGAGGAUCAUGCGGGUGAUGCGGCUCUUGCGACUCCGCAAGAUUCAAGAGGCCAUGCACCAGUGUGACGAGAUCAUCAACUUGCAGUACUUCUCCAUCAUCCAGAAGCUGAUCAUGAACAUGGUCUGGAUCCUGUUGCUGUCCCACUUCAUUGGCUGCGGAUGGUACGCCAUCGGCAUGGAAGACUUUGGCCAGGAGACCUGGGUGAGCCCCGAGUUGCUGGACCGACCCCUGGAGUACAGGUACCUGACGGCCUUGCAUUGGUCUAUCACGCAGUUCACACCUGGAUCUAUGAACGUGCAGCCCGUGAACAGCGUGGAGCGGCUCUACAGCGUGGUGGUGCUUGUCUUGGGCAUGGUGGUCUUCUCCUCCACGGUGAGUUCCAUUACCGCGGCCACCAACAAUUUGAAGGACAUCAACGCGGUCUACAAGCACCAGAUCUGGACAAUGCGACGGUACUUCCGGGAGCAGAAAAUCUCAGCUGCGCUGACUCAUAGGGUUCUGCGCUACACAGAAGCGAUCAUCAAGCCAAAGUACCAGAAGGUGAAUGUGGACCAGGUGAAGAUUCUGCCUUUACUGCCGCAGAUGCUCACGAAGGAGAUCGCCCGAGAGAUGUACGAGAAGCACCUGACUGUGCAUCCCCUGUUUGACGCCUUGAGCGACACGAACACCAGCCUCAUGCAGAUGCUGUGCUGCAUUGUGAAGGAGUCCAUGCUGGAGAAGGGGGAGAUGAUCUUCAGCCCCGGGCAGGUUUGUACCUCCAUGUAUUUCGUGUCGCACGGCACUUUGGAGUACUUCCUUUGGCAGGAAGCAAGAGCAGAGACCCUGGAGAGCAAGACCAGCUUUUGCGAGGCAGUGCUGUGGACGCCGUGGGUUCACCAGGGGAGGAUGUAUGCCCGCUAUGAGUCCACCAUCAUCGCUCUUGAUGCGAAGCAGUUCCAUGAAGUUGCUCAGAGCUUCAGCGCAGACAUGGAGAUGCUGAGGAUAUAUGCGGACGAGUUUGUGCAUGCCAUGAAUGAUCUGGCCGGCAACUUUACGGAGACUGAGGAGGAUGACCAGGAGCUGUCGGACCUGUUCUAUGCCCAGACCGCCUUUGACCUUUUGCCCGCCAGACGAGACUUCUCUGAGGGGGCUGCCAUUCCCAUGCCGGGCUACUACUUGAAGAGGGUCAUGAAACAGCUGGUCCCGGUUUCACCGGGGACAAGCCCCACAUGCGUGGACAUCAGCCAGGUGCCGGAGAGCCAAAUUGAGGCGAGCAAGUCUACAGACUCCGCGAUCUUCGAGAUGAGUCCCCUCGACGACUCAUUGUCCGAAGACUUCGUGGAUGCAAGGGCGUGACGCUGCGACGCUUGGCCUCCUGAGCCCGGAGGAAUGCUGAGCGACUGGACGCUCUGCGCAGGGCAACUCGGGGAUGGGUCGAAAUUCUAGGGUUGCUCCUUUGGCCGGCCGUUCCUCGA